GCCAACAAACAACACAGACGGUGGAUUGGUUUCUUGAUGCUGCUCCUCUCAUGUGGAGGAAUUGGUUUCCAUAUCAGAUGCUAUCUCCAGUUUCGUCUCCGGAGACUCAUCACCCACCUACCAGUGACACAUUUACUUUUGACACCAAGCGCUAUUAUUGUUUGUUGGUUUAAACUGCUACUGUUUGCUAGCUUAAAGAUGCCGGGCACAGCGGGGACAAGUGAUUUGCCACCAACAAAAACAAUAACUGUUUACAGGAACGGAGACGCUUUCUAUCCCGGAAGGAAAAUAGUUGUGAAUCCGCGGCAGGUGUCAACCUUAGACAGUUUUUUGACCACUUUGACCAGGGCCGUUGAGGCUCCGUUUGGCGCCGUGAGGAGGCUGCAUACUCCCGUACGAGGCCACAAAGUUCAGCAUUUGGACGACUUGAAGCACGGGAGUGUGUACGUUGCAGCCGGAAAUGAACAGUUCAAAAAACUGGACUAUUGUGAAAUAACAACCAAGAGGCCCCAGAAGAAGAAAAAUCACCAGAUCCAACCUGUUGUUCACAGCAGAAUAGUAGUUUCUGCUCGCUGGAGUAGAACUACUGAUGAGUCUUGCACAAUAAAUGUCUUUACCAACGGAGAUGUUUUAGAGCCUCCAGCUCGAAUACGGAUUCCAAAGUACACGCUCAGAAGUUGGGAAAAUGUUUUAGCCUUGGUGACAGAGAAAGUGCAUCUUCGAACUGGUGCUGUGUACAGGCUUUGCACAUUAGAUGGACAUCCUAUCUGCGGUUCCACUGAACUGGAGAACAACCAGCACUACGUCGCAGUUGGGGCAGAAAAGUUUAAAGCUUUGCCAUAUGACCAGUGCGUCCCUGGGGUUUUAAUCAGGGAAAACAAUGUAGUCGAAGGCCAACACAUCCUGCCUCCUAUUAGGAAGACAAGACAUGCAAAGGAUGUG